AUGGCAUCCCAAGAGGGUCAUCUGACAGCUACACUCUUGGCCUCCAUCCUGACAGCAGUGCUUGGCUCGCUCCAGAUUGGCUAUCACACCGGCAAUGUCAAUGCUCCGGCCAAGAUCAUCGAAGAGUUUUUCAACCACACCUGGAGAGCCAGACACAACCAGUCAAUGCCAGAUCACAGCCUGACUCUGCUGUGGUCCCUCUCCGUCAGUAUUAAAGACUUUGGAGCUCUGCUGGGCUCUCUCGGAGUCAAGUUCCUGGCAGACUCUUAUGGCAGACGAAACUCCAUCCUGAUUGUAAAUGGUUUGUCUGUGGCCGGAGCGUGCAUCAUGUUCGCCUCCAAAGCCAGCGAGUCAUUUGAGGUCCUCAUCCUGGGACGUUUAGUGUUUGGUCUGUUCUGCGGCCUAGUGAUGAGCCUCAACCCCCUCUACAUCCAGGAAGUGUCCCCCACCAGUCUGAGAGGGGCCUUUGCUACGCUUAACCAGGUGUCCUUUGCCACCGGCAUCCUGGUUGGAAUGCUGGCUGGUUUGGAGUCUGCACUGGGGACGGAACGUAACUGGGCACUGAUGCUGUCCCUGUCUCUCAUCCCAGCUCUGACUCAGUACCUGGCGCUGCCUUUCUGCCCCGAAAGCCCUCGGUACCUUCUCAUUAACCGAGGAGAGGCAAGCAAAGCAGAAGCUGCCCUGCUAAAGCUGAGAGGCAGAUCAGACAAGGUGUUUGCUGAGCUGGAAGAAAUGAAAGAAGAGGCCUCGCACACUCAGAGCGGCGUCACCGUCCGCUAUUUCUUUAAGAAACGCAGCUACAGGCAACCCAUCAUUAUUGUCCUGAUCGUCAACUUGGGAAGCCAGCUGUCUGGAUUCAACGCGAUUAUAAACUAUUCCACCAGAAUGUUCCAGGCCAAGUUUGAUGAGGCAAAGUUUCUUACUCUGGGGGUGGGAGCUGUCAACCUCACCUUCACUCUGGUCGCGUUUUUCCUGAUGGAGCGGGCUGGCAGGAGGAAGCUGCUGCUUACUGGUUUCAUCUCCAUAGCAGUGUGCAACUUACUCAUGACCAUUGUCGAAUCGGUUCUGCAUCUGGUUCCUGAUCUGCGAAGCCUUCAGGUGGUGCUGGUUUUCUGUCUGAUCUCGGCCUACGAGUUGGGCCCUGGCCCCAUAUCCUGGUUCAUUGCUGCCGAGCUGUUCGACCAGCCUGGCAGACCGAUCGCCAUGGCCUUCACCAGCAUGCUCAACUGGGGAGGGAAAUUUGUUCUGGCGCUCCUCUUUCCUCCAUUACUGAAACUCUGCGGUGCUUAUGUCUACCUCCUUUUCAUGGCCGUGGCUCUGCUGGCCUUCACCCUCACCUGGAUACGCCUGCCAGAGACAAAGGGCCGCACCUUCGAUGACAUCGCGGAGGAGUUCAGAGGAGCAGACGGCAUCCCCUUGCACAACAGCACCGGAUUCAACACUUUCGACUCUUGAUCAAUUGACCGUUCAUUUUCAGGCCAAAAAGCAGCAGUAGCACACAGCCGCAGAUGGUUU